AUGUACUCUCAGUGUGAUGCCUCGCCGACAUCUCGUAAGUUGAAGGAAACCACUGCCACGAACGGCACAUCGACACCCGUCAUGUGUGGCGUUGCCGAAGAUGAUGCCUCUGAUGAAGAUGGAAACAAUUAUGCAUCGCAGAACAAUUUUCCGGAAACAGACUACACUGGUAAGGAUGACGGCCACAAGGAUAUCGUCAUUGUAGACGGAUCAGGAAAUCCAGUAGCUCCUGGCACACCGAGAGAAGCUUAUUGUUCAGAUGAAUCGGAAAAACGUGUCGUAGACUGGUACGACGAGACUCUCGAAGCCAUGGGUGGCGACUCGUACCAGAACAUGGAUGACAUCGAACGCCAAGCUUGUAUGUUCGAAAACAAAUGUUUGGGUGGCACGAAGGACUACACGCCCGAGUUCAAGGCACUUUGGAAAGUUGAGGAGCCACGUUGCAAGACUAUUGUGGAUGCCAUCAACAACGGGUCGCAAUCAAUUCAAUUUGAGUCGUGGCUUGAGGCCAUGGAGUCUCAUUUCGGCUGUCCGGAGCCAACGGACUCGAUGAACGAUGAUACGAACACAGAACUGAGGGGUUCAUCUGAAUCCGGCUCGUUGAUUCUUACUGAGACGGGAGUCCAGGUAGCGUCUAACGAUACAAAUCAACUCCUUACUUUUUUAAGUGAGGUUGAUCUAACAGCAAUCAGUACGAUGGACGACUAA